AUGGGUACUACACCGUCUUCUUACGAGGGUUUUGUCACCUAUCUAGCAAACAAGAAGGUUCCGGCUGCUAAAUAUGUUGCCGACAUCGAGAAGCUGGUGGGCACCAGGGACCCUGCUGUCGUCACAAAUAGCGGAAAGGAGCUAUUAGCAAAGUACCGGUUCAUGGAAAAGAGCAUGGUGGCCAAACUUACCGCUCUUCACAACAAAGUGCCAGAACUCAGGGACGCUUUAACAAUUAUUGAACAUAUCGAAAAGCAGGGAUCGGACGGAAAUGGAGACAUAUACACAUAUUUCAAGGUAUCGGAUACAUUGUAUUCGGAAGCUCGCAUUGCUUCUACAAAGACAAUUUUCCUGUGGCUGGGUGCAAACACUAUGGUAGAGUAUCCCGUUGGGGAAGCCACAGCUUUGCUGAAGGAUCAGCUAAAGGUGGCAUUGGAAAGCAUCGAGGAUAUUAAAAGCGAUCUAGAAUGGAUUAGAACCCAGAUAACAGCUACAGAAGUAACGGUUGCUCGUUUGCACAAUUACGGCGUUAUGAAGAAAAGUUCGGCGGGAGCAUCUAGUUCUUGA